GUCUGGAGCAGCAGCAGCAGCAGCAGUGGAGCUUCACUGCCUCUCCUCGCCUCACAGUGCGGGAAUAUACCAGCGGAGAGCAGAAUGGACACGGAAGGGAGCCAGAGCAGCCUGUCCUCCGGCACGGACAACUCCCCCCACGACCCCUGCAAAAUGUUCAUCGGGGGUCUGAGUUGGCAGACAACACAAGAGGGCUUGAAGGAGUACUUCUGUAAAUUUGGCGAGGUGAAGGAGUGUAUGGUGAUGCGGGAUCCCGUUACCAAGCGGUCGAGGGGCUUCGGGUUUGUAACAUACGCAGAGCAAGCUGGUGUGGAAAAGGUUUUGGCGCAAAACAGACACGAGCUGGAUUCCAAAACGAUCGACCCAAAAGUGGCGUUUCCCCGCCGGGCCCAGCCUAAGCUGGUGACCAGGACAAAGAAGAUCUUUGUCGGAGGGCUGUCAGUCAAUACCACCAUCGAAGAUGUGAAGCAAUACUUCGACCAGUUUGGAAAGGUCGAUGAUGCCAUGCUUAUGUUUGACAAAACAACCAACAGACACAGAGGCUUUGGCUUUGUUACCUUUGAGAAUGAAGACGUGGUGGAGAAAGUGUGUGAGAUCCACUUCCACGAGAUCAACAACAAAAUGGUGGAAUGUAAGAAAGCCCAGCCCAAAGAGGUGAUGACGCCGACAGGCUCAGCCAGAGGCCGCUCCAGAGUGAUGCCUUAUGGGAUGGACGCCUUCAUGCUGGGCAUUGGCAUGCUGGGCUAUCCAGGUUUUCAGACUGCUACCUACACCAGUCGCAGUUACUCUGGAAUUGCGCCCGGUUACACUUAUCAGUUCCCGGAAUUCCAUUUAGAGAGGACCCCCCUCCUGACAUCAUCCCACCCCCCUGAGCUGGCAGCCAUUCCGCUGACUGCAUAUGGACCAAUGGCAGCAGCCGCAGCAGCAGCAGUAGUUAGAGGCUCCACCCCUUCACGCACAGCUGGCUUCCUGGGCACCAGCAGCCCUGGACCAAUGGCUGACCUGUAUGCUGCAGCCAAUCAGGACUCAGGAGUCAGCAGCUACAUCAGCGCCGCUAGCCCUGCCCCUAGCACAGGGUUCGGCCACGGUCUAGGGGGUCCUCUGAUUGCUACUGCGUUCACUAAUGGCUACCACUGAGAAGACUCAGGUCACUGAAGAUGGGAGGGCUUCUCCUCUGCUGAUGAGCCAAUCACAAUGCUGGCUGCCCACUGAUGGCACAACCUGAUUGGCCGGCCACAGGCUCUACCGGGCCCUCCUGGGUCCCUGUGGCUCCACCCACCGACUGAAUAUCUUUUUAAAUCCUGAACUCUUGUUUUGAUGUACUAAUCUCACUUCAACAUAACGUCCCCUUCUCUCCUCUUUUGUCCUCAUGUAGUCUAAUAACUAGAUUCCACCCACUGUUAUCCUUUCUUUUGAAGCUGAGAAAAGAAAAACUGCAAAAAAAAAAAAGAAAAAAAGAAAAAAAAUCUCAGAGGAAACAUUUGUCAUCUUCGACAAAGACACAGAGGACUAUUGAGUUUUUUUUGUAUUAUUAUUAUUUUAUUUCAAUGUGAUAAGUCGUUUCAUCAUGAUCCUUCAAAGCUGUUACUAAUGUGACCAGAGAGAGAAAAAGCCGUGCAAGAUGGGUCAUUGUCUGAAAACCAUUUUUAACAAAGGAAGAACAAAUCCAACAAAGUCCUUUUUUUUAAAACUCAAGCUUCACGGAAACACGGAAAAAAACUAAAAUGUAUAUUUUGGUAGUCUUUAAAAACAAAACCUUUGUAAUAUUGUUAUUAAUAUUGACAUAAUAAUGAUAAUCUGUAAGGUAUUUUAUUCUGUAAUUGGUUUUAAAGCAAUGUUUUUAUGUCUUCCUGUAAGAUAUUGUA